AUGACACUCGCCUCGAAGGUCGUCGUUGACCGGCACGCGGUCUUUGCCUCGCGGGCGGCGAGGCGCCUACGUAAACGAACCGCAGAACCCGCUCCAGUUUUCUGUUUUUCGCUCGUUUUUGCUUUCGCUUUCUUUCUUCAAUGCACUCACUCCGCAGCCUUACUGGACGAAGGAAAAUCGCUGCCUGUCUCAACCACGAUUAGGGGCAGCUCCGCUGCGCCCUCGGCGCUGUCGGGCUUGAAAAACUCGACCGCGGAAGCACCGGAGACUCUGAUAGGAGGCGAGGAGGCAACUGUGAAAGCUUCGGAAAAGGAGAAGUCUGAGAAGAGAAGAGAAGCAUCCUCCCGGGCGCGUGCUGCAGAGACAACAUGGGAGGCGCGAAAGGCAGUAGAUGCCGACGCAGGAGCUGACACAGAGCAGACACUAGACAGAAAGCCUGACUCCGGUGUCGAAAGCAGAACAGAUCGUUCGGAACAGAAAUCGAAUUCACUCACUCACCAAACGGGUAGUCAAGCUUCGAAGUCGUUCAAGGCAGCCCCAACAGAAGCUGUCUCGACAUUCCAGGCAGACUUGUCGCCCGCGUCGUCGGGGCCGCCUCCCUCAGCGGAGAGAAAGGCGUCUGUGUUGCAGAUUUCUCCGCAGAACCACGACAGUUUGUUAGCUGACGCUGCUGAAAACACUCCUCUAGUGCCUCCUCCUCAAGGCUUCUUCCGAUCUUACUUUCGCCUUGCGCGAACCACGAAAUGCCUAUUCAGUCGCAGCCGGCGCGACAAAGUUGCCUUCUGUCGCUGGCCGGGGUUGGAGGGAUUUCCAGAUCCGCGAAGGCCGAGACAAGCUGAAUCAAGGCCCGAGCUAUCCUCCAGCAUCGCCGCCCUUGUCGAUCUUGCCCCCACAGGAACUGUUGCCCGAGAGGUUUUCCCCGUUCAGGCAGAAAACCUCCCAAAUGUUACUCGGGACGCCGCGAUGCUUGGCGCCGCCACAAGUGGAGCAGGUCGCUUCUUCUCGCUAAAAUUUCCUGCUUCGGCGUACGGUCCGUCGGGAGGCGAGUGCGAGACAGAGACCCCAGCGCAGAGUCUCGAGGCGUUGUUUCUCUCCGUGUAUGGGACCCGCGAAGCCUGCAAGAGGCCUGACCACUCUACAGCUUCUUCGUCCUUCUCAGAAGAGAAGACGGAAAACGGAGCUCCGCAGAGAGGGCCGAAAGAGCCUGAGAAGAUGUUGGGAGCGCCCCGAGCUUGGAAGGCUCUCGAGAGCGGCGAGUGCCGAGACGCCGGGCGAACAUUCGAGGACAGCGGAACUUGGGAUCUGCCAGGUCCCGUCAUUCUGUUCGAAAAACUCUCUUUCUUCAUACCCGUCUCCCACAAAAUCCAGAGCCAAACUCCGCCGCGCUAUCUUGUCGCCCUCAGGGCGAAGCUGAGAGGCCCUCAGCAAACUCCAGGUCUCGGCCGAAGCUCGGCAAGACGCCGCAGAAGCAAGGUGCACAGUGGAAACGAAGAAGAACUGGGAGCGCCGGAAGAGGGAGAGGAUGGCGAGACAGGCGAAGCGGACGCCGAUGAGGUCUAUGCUGUCGAGGGGAAGUGCAGGCUGUUUCCCGCAGGGAUGGGUGGGGCCUCGAAAGAGCUCCGAGACACUGUGCGUCUGACUUUGAAAGGUUCUCGCAAAGGCAAAGAGAAAAGAGGAAAGCGAGACUGGGCAGUCGCAGCUCUCGACAUCAGCAGAAUUCUGGAAGAAGAACGAGGUCAAAAACGCGGGGAGAACGGGCUUGAAAUUCGCUGUUUCUUAAGUGCUCGCCGGCUGGCACCGCCGAUCGGAGACGCAGAAAAUCUGGAAACCGCCAGUCUGUGGGCUAGCGAAGACGAAGAAGAACCUCCGCAGAUCUUCCCCUCGAGCGUCCUCACCGUGGUUGUAGGUACGGCCGGAAGGGGAGAAAGGCGCCUCCACUGCUCAACACAGAAAAGUCCUUUUCUUCCACUUUUCUCCGUCUUUCACCUCCGAGACUACGCUUGA